ACUUUAGUCAAUGCUCUUUGGUAAUUACUCAGCAGUCACCCAAUUUUCACAUCGCAAAAUAUUUCCUUACCAUUCAUGACAAUACGCAAAUGCCUGAAUAAAUGGCUGAGUCAAAUGAUUAUUUCGGCUUCGAAAUAUUGAGCAAAUUGGUGGAGGAGCAAGUGCACAAGAAGGAAGACGUUAUCAUUUUGUUCGCUCACUGGUUUCUCGUUAAGAAUGGCUUUCGGUGUAUUGGGCUAGGUGAUUCGAAAACCUUCAAUCCAAAUGAAAAAGGAGUGGAGCUGCUUCCUGAGGAAUGGAGUCAAAGCAAUCAUUACUCCCUGAGAUACCUCAGAGAAGCAAAGCUAUAUAUUCUCCUCGGACGAAAAUCAGACUCUGAUCUGCUCCUCAAUUUCCUGCGAAUUGCAGAUAAUUGUCUGUCGACAGUGAAAUUCUCAGUGAAUGGAACAGUAUCAGAGCUCCAUGGAGCCCUCUCGUUAUCAAUUCCACAUCACCAGGAGGUGAUGCAAAAACUCCAGGGAGAACUGCUGGCCCCGGUUUACCCAGGAAAUGCUAGGGAAAUAUCUACCCAGACGACAACGGCGUCGCGAUCCCAUGAGGAGAGAUCGAGGAGGUCGCCGCCGGAUGAUCCUCUCCGAGUAGAUCCAGUGCCAAGACCACCCUGGCCUGAGGGAGACGUGAGGGGUGUCGGGAGGAACGAUGUCGAUCCACUGGCAGGCAUUGGCCCUCGAGGAGGUGGAAUGAUCUUCGAUCCAUUUCGUCGACCUAAUCCUGGCCUGCCAAAUCCCCUGGGACCACGCCCUGGUGGCAUAGGAGGACCCGGCAGGCUUCCACCAGGCGCCAUUCUGCCAGACGCCAGGUUCGACCCUUUUGGUCCACCCGACCUAGUCCAACCAAGAUUUCGUCCCAGGAAUCCAGACAACGAUCACGAACUUCCACCCCCUGGUUAUGAUGACAUGUUCAUGUGAAAUACCCAUGCUUUCAAUGUAAUAUUCUUUGCUAUUAAAAGUCAUUUCGUUAAUUUCGUUAAUUUCGAAAUGAUGAUGUUUUUCU